AUGGUUAGCAUUUCUAGAAGGUCGAUGCGUCUUUCCCUUCACAACAAAAUCUGUUCUUCCACGUAGGAAGUUGCAAUUCCAUUUACAGAAUGUUAGUGGGGCAAUCCACAGCAGAGUACAUCCUCAUCAAAACUAUCAUCUACUUUUUCUCUUACCUUGGUCUACUAUGUAUUCUCUAUUUCUACCUCGCCCUCUCCAUCGGCGGUGUGCGAGUAAUUGCACACCCCGUCUCCAUAUUCAUCGAGAGCAUUGGCGCAAUUGAGAUACUCUGGUAUCUUGUCUGGUUUCUUCCCUACCGACGCUAUCUUCAUAAACAGCGUGCCGCGUUCCCUCCGCGCCUUUCGAGGUAUGAGAGGCAGCGGUUAUUUCGGAAAUCCCUGGAGACAACCGCAGAUAUUGAAUUAUUUACCCGGAAAUGGAUGGGCGGCGCACAUUUGGAUGAUAUUAGGCGAGAAAAUAUCAAAGAAUGGAUGCUGUGGGCUCUUUUCAAUCGCGAGGGCUCGCCUGCCGAGGACGAUGAAGAGUUGGAGGCGUAUUUGUUUGAGAUUGAGGAGAAGUUGGGUUGGGCUGUUAAACCCGGCUGGGGACCGGCGAAGAGCUUGAGGCUGAAUUUCGAUCGGUUUGAGGUUACGCAUCGGAGUUUGAUAUACUAUUUGUUCGUCGGAUGCGUCGAUUUCGCAACUACCAUCAUCCUAAUGAUAUCAGGAUUCCGUUUCUACCGCCAACCACGCUCCGCAUUCUUAAAAUCGUUUCCGCUCCGUCCAAUGACCCUACUGGCUCCCAAGCAGUCCGUCACUCCGAGCAUCAGCUACUUCUUCCGCCAGCACAAGUCUACCAAACAUCGCCCGGUCGUACUCGCGCAUGGAGUUGGAAUUGGUCUCGCGCCAUAUGUUCCCCUCCUCCUACAAAUACCCAAGGAUAUUGGCGUUCUCGCAAUUGAAAUUAUCCCGAUAUCAUCCCGGAUUACAACAGCCCUACCUCAUGCAGCAGACCUGAUGCGCGAAAUAGGCGACAUCAUCAGUCAUCAUAAACUGGACGACUUUGUUUUCGUAGGACAUUCGUACGGCACUUUUUUGACAAGUCUGUUUCUCAAAUCUUCAUUGCUGGAGAGCAGAAUGCACUCGAUUAUUUUGUUGGACCCCGUCGCAGUACUCCUCCAUCUCCCAGACAUGGCGUACAACUUCACGCGACGUAAGCCUGUUGAGGCGAAUGAGCUCCAGCUGUGGUGGGCAGCACAGACAGAACCAGACAUUGCUUUUACACUUGGACGGCGGUUUUGUUGGCGUGAACAUAUCGUAUGGCGAGAAGACCUGCUGUCGAGAACCACGACAGUCAUCAUGGGUGGGAGAGAUACGUUGGUCAACGCGGACGCCAUCGCCAGUUACAUCACAAGAGGGGACUUGGCUUGGACAUGGGAAGAUCGAGAGGAUUGGAGGAGGAGCCGGUAUUCGUGGACCGGCCAAGGCUUGGAACUUGUGUGGUUGGAGGGAUAUGAUCAUGGACAGAGCUUUUUAAGCCGUGUGUUCUUGCCUAUGAUCGUGAAGACGAUAGAAAAACAUGCUGUGUUGGAAUCUCGGUUGGAGUCACCACUUCCACCGUUGCCGGAGCCAGACGCGAAGCUGGACACGACUGAAUAAAGAGCAGGUCGCAAGCCUUGCCGCGUCCUAAUCCCAAAGCCAACCUUGGAGCGACCAGUAAUUCCCUGGAUAGAGCCUAGAGUUCCUCAAUAUCCUUGGUAGUCGCUUUCCUUUGCGGCCAAAUGCGAUCGCCACCACUAAGCGACACCAGACGUUGAACUUAUGAUAUUUAUAUCACGCGGCCAGAGCACUUCUCGAGAUGCUUGAAUACCACAGUUAG